AUGAGCAAAUCUCCAGAAGACAGUGGGCAUCUAGAGGUCUCUCCAGCCUGCCAUCCAUUAGCAGUUGGAAAUCCAGGUGACGCACGACCAUCUCCCGAACAGAUCUCGACGGUUGUCUCCAUUCUUAUAGAAGCCGGUAUCUGCUGUUGUUUCGUUGAAGAGUGGGCUCUUUACUUUGGUACUUCGCGUUUGCCCAAUUCACAUAGUGACAUCCUGGAACCUUGUGGGCCACUUCCACUGAGAGCGCCAGAUUCACUAAACCACAAAUACCCUCGAUUCAAGCCUAUUGGAAGGACCGAUUUCUGGCUGCUGUUGCCAGCAAGCUACUGUCAUAUUGUCUGCGUUCCUGAAAACUUAGAGUGGAGCAAAGGCAAUCUUCCUUACCCAAAGCUCCAAGUGUAUGUACAGAGCUUGAUUGACACCAAAAACUUGGGUGAUCUAGAAGAUCUUGUUGAUGGAAUGGAUCUCUCAGAGGAAUGGGGGGAACAAAACCUCAGUCUUGAAGGUCAUGCUGAUAGCAACUGGUCCGAAAAUUGCAUUGAAGCUCUUAUUGCAGAUGGCACCGAAGAAAUGUUCAUCUUUAUUGACCCCAGUCCUACCCCUCAGAGAGAGAUCUGGCAAAAAUGUGUUCGGAACAAGCAGAGACGUCUGGGUUGGAAGUAUUCUCCAGAGAUAUAUGCAACCAGGUACCGACGCCAUGGGUCGAAGGAUCCCCGUGAGCGUUAUCGAUAUGCUAUGUAA